AUGACGGACGAGAAGAAUGCCCGGGAGCUAACGGCCACCCCUGUCGACUUGGAUGAACUGCCGGCCGGAUACUACUGCAUUUAUCUCCCCUCUACCUCAAACUACCUGAGACGUAUUGUCCAGCAGUUGCUGACUGUCUUUCUACUUGCAGGGCCAGACCCCAGCUACAGCUUGAUCUCGACCGUUUUCACACUGAUCUCCGGAGUCGGUCUUCUCUUGGUAGGCCGCUUAGGAGACCUCUUUGGCCGCCGAUACAUCCUGAUUGGAGGGCAACUACUUGGCCUUAUCGGCGCCAUAGUCUGUGCAACAGCCAAAACCGUUCCCACCGUUAUCGGAGGCAGUGUCCUCUGCGGUCUGGCUGCUGCAGUGCAAUUGACUUUCAGCUUCGUGAUCGCUGAGCUGGUCCCCAACCGUGCUCGUCCGGUCGUCAAUGCUGGCAUCUUCAUCACAACGCUGCCCUUCUCAGCGUUCGGUUCUCUGAUUGCAGAUCUGUUCAUCGCCAACACCGCCCGCUCCUGGCGCUGGACUUACUACCUGAACAUCAUCACCUGCGGUCUUUCUAUCAUUUUGCUGGUGCUGUUUUACUUCCCUCCAGGCUGGGAUGCCAAGCGCGGAAAUGAGAGCCGCAUCGAUGGUCUCAAGAAAUUCGACUACAUUGGCUUUCUCCUAUACGCCGGCGGACUGAUCCUGGUCCUGCUUGGUCUCUGUGAGUCUCCCGUUCCAGCUCUUACUCGGUUUUUCCAUGGUGCUAAUUCAAUCCCAUCAGCAUGGGGCGGCUCAUCGUAUGCAUGGCACUCAGCCCAUGUCAUCGCUGUUCUGGUCAUUGGAUUCGUCUGCUUGCUCGCUUUUGCCCUAUAUGAAAUAUUCGUCCCCUUGCAGCAGCCUCUCCUGCCCAUGUCCUUACUCCGAAACCGCGGAUACGCCGGUGCGGUGUGCUCGGCCCUAGUAGGAAACAUGGUCUACUUCUCCAUGAGUCUCCUCUGGCCAACCGCCAUCGCCGACCUCUACACCACAAACACCAUCAAAACGGGCUGGCUUUCAUUCACCGCCCUCGGCGGCUUCUUCGUCGGCUACCUCGAACUGAUAACCAUAAUCAUGUGCCCCCUGUAUUGCUCACCCCAGGACAUCGGGCUAGCCAGCGGCUUCCUCGGCUCCGCAAAGCAAGUCGCCGGCACCAUCGCCACCGCCAUCUACGUCGCCAUCCUGGACAACCGCGUCACGGUGGACUUGCCGCGCGAUGUAUCUGCUGCCGCAUUGAACGCAGGACUGCCUUCAUCCUCGCUGACGGAUCUGCUGGAGGCGGUGUCGGCGGGGACGACGGCAGCGUAUGAGGCUGUUCCCGGCAUGACGAAUGGUAUUCUGGGGGCUGUGACAGAGGCGGUGAAGACGGCGUAUUCGCAGUCGUUUCGCACGGUGUUUUUGGCGAGUAUUGCGUUUGGCGGACUGUCGGUGAUCGCGGCGUGUUUUGCCGAGGGGGUGGAUGGGAGGUUUACGGGCGAUGUGGCGGCUAGGUUGAAGGGUGUGGAUGGUGGUGGUUCUGGAAGUGAGGAGAAGUUGAAGGAUGGGAAGGUUUAA